AUGGGUAAAAUUAAUGAUCAAAAAAGUAAAAUUAAGGAGAAAAAAACUAUAAAAACUUUUCCAGAUGUAGUACAAGACGAGGAAGAAAAUUUGGAAAUGGAUGAUGCAAUCGAUGUCGAAAAUGAUUUAGCUGAUCAUAAUGAUUUAGAUUUUGAUAAGCGUAGUGUUAUAUCAAAUAAAACAAUUAAAUCACUUGUAUCGAAGAAAAAAGAUAAAAUCAAGUUAAAGCGACAAUUUUUGCUCAAACGACUUCAUGCGGCUCAUGAAUCAAAGUGUGAAGCUAAAGAACGAGCUACACGCAGAAAAACGGUUAUUGUUAGCGAUAUGAAACAUGAAUUCGAAAAUUCACUUGGCCAGAUUGAAUCCUAUCUUGAAGAACAGCGUUUAGCUCUAGCAGAAAAGAAAAAUACUCGGAAACAAAUUCUUUCACAAGCUGAACGAAAUCGACAAAGUCAAGCAAAUAUUGAUAUAUUCAAUAAAAUUUCACAAUCAGUGGAAUGUUCUGUUAAUCCAUUCGAACUUAUAAAAAAACAACUUGAACAACAAAUAGUAUCAUCAACCAAGAAAAAAAAUUGA